UUUUGCUUAUGUGUUGUGUGUUCUAUAUAAUAUUUAUUUGUUGUUUUUUUGUAGCCUCUACUUUAAAAAAAAUUAAAACAAACAUAUUUUAUUAUGUUUUUUUUUGUGAUUGAACAACAGUAAGAUCUAAAGCCAUAAAAAUGCCUGCAACAGAUGAAAUAGCUCGAAUAUGGGACAGACUUUUUGAGCAAAAAUGUUUUCUGAGUAGAGAAAUUGACUUUCUUUUGAAGGAAUUCGAGUCUAAAAGGAAAGACAUUGAAGUUGAUAGCAUUUUUAAAACAAUAGAAAAUAUUACGGACAUUAAGAAUACCCAAAUAAACAAUCUGAAUGAAAUUGUAAAUGAAAAAGCUAUUGAUUCCAAUCAAAAAUUAAGUGAAUCUUUAAACAUUUGUAAUCAAUUUAUGGAGCUAGAAAAUAUAUAUGCAGAGAACGCUUUCCUCGAAGAAACCAGGUCAAAAAGGAAAUUACAGUGGGAAAAAAUAAUGGAUAAGAUUACGUCAGAAUACUCGCAAAUUAAUAUAGAAUUUGAAGAGAAGGAAAGAUUAGCCAAGGAACAUCACAAGAAUUUGGAACUUAAAUUAAAAUAAUUUGAUAUAAUUGUUUUACCAUUGUAAUUUUUGUUUCUUUUUAUAAUUAUGCAAAAGUGUUCCUCUAUUAGAAUCAACGAUAACCAUUAAAUAAGUCAUGCUACUAAAACACC